CCAGCCUAGAGAUAACAGGCUUCUGUGAUUGCCUCAACUGGGCACUGAUUUCCUCUGAGAUGUUGGUCCGACAUGGAGCCAUCCUACAGAUAAUUAUUAAGGACAAUUGUUCACACACUUAAGGAAAGCAUUCCUUGGAUAUUCAAAUCAAAGUGAGGAUGUGUGCACUCUAUUCGCUCCGAAGAUUCUCAUGUCAACACAAAGUAGUUUCCAGCUCAUCAGAGAGGAAAAGGUGUAAUCUCUAAAAGACAGUGAAAGAUUGUAUACUAUGGAGAUCGUAUACUACAUAUGCUUAAGAAAAUCCUCAGUCCCCAAAGCCCAGACUUCUCAAAUUAUAAACCUCAAUGACAGAUCCAACAGCUCCAGUCAGGAGCUCCAGUCAGGGCUUCCCGCUAUGGAGAAGUGGUUUGUCCUCUUACAGUACUCAUACAAACACAAAACCAAAGGAGAUGCCUUGAGAGCAUAAAGCAGGACAGGACUUAAAGCCACAGUGAAGAUGAGCUACCAGAAGAGCUCAGUGCACACAGAACCCAGAUUCCUUUCUGUAAAUGAGUUUGACAUCAGUGCUCAGGCUGAGUCACAAGCCUAGGGGCCUCUGGAGAGGUAGAGUUUUUUUGUUUUUUGUUUUGUUUGUUUGUUUGUUUGUUUGUUUGUUACCUAUAGGAAACAGUGGGUUUGAAGUACCACCUCACCUUUGAGACAAGGACAAACUCCUUCUUCACGAGCUUGGAAGGCAGUGAAUCUGUUGUCUACUUCCAAGCUAUUGGCAGGAUCUUCUAAAGAAAUGAGCAAGCUUGGCCUCUGGUGUGCUGGUGUGGGUGUUCUGAGCUCAGCCCCUUUGUUGGAAAUCAAUGUGGAGAAACGCUAAUUACCCAGAAAGGAAAAAAACCACAAUGGCCACAGUGGUAGAGAUGAGCCCUACAAGUGAGCAGAGUGAGUUCGUCCUAGGUACGCCAGUGAACAAGAAGACCCCUGCCCUGAAAGUCCCCAGUUUAUGUUCCAUGCGCUAUGGAAUCGCCUUCGUCACACAUUUCUGCAACUUCACACUGAUGGCACAGAAUUCUAUCGUAAGCAUCACCAUGGUAGCCAUGGUCAACAACACCGACCACCCACCCUACCUCAAUAGCUCUACUGAACAGCUUCCUGCUGGUUUAAGUGGUGAUCAGCAUGAAGCCUCAAAGCAUCUUUCUAUAAAGGCCCCUGUGUAUAACUGGAGUCCUCAAACUCAAGGAAUCAUCUUCAGCUCUGUCCAGUAUGGCAUGAUGCUGAUGCAAGGUCCUGGAGGAUACUUGGCAGGGAAAAUAGGAACAAAGAAAGUGGUUGGAAUUGCUCUGCUUGGAACUUCAUUGCUCACUCUCUGCAUCCCACUGGCUGCCAAUCUUGGACUAGUUUUUCUCCUGGCAACUCGAGCAGUUCAGGGCUUAAUGCAGGGCAUUGGAUAUGGGGGACAGUUUGCACUCUGGCAGAAAUGGGCUCCUCCGAAUGAGCGCAGCCGACUCUGCACCAUUGCCUUGUCAGGAAUGACAUUGGGAAUCUUUACUGUCCUCCUUGUGGGUGGCAUCAUUAGUGAAGCCCUUGGGUGGCCCUUUGUCUUCUAUAGUUUUGGAGCUGGUGGUGUGCUCUGCAGCCUUCUCUGGUUCAUUCUGAUUUAUGAUGACCCUGUCUCUCACCCAUGGAUAAGUGGCCCAGAAAGGGAAUAUAUUUUAUCCUCUCUGAACCAACAGUUCAGCUCAGAAAAGCAGCCACUUCCCAUCAAAGCUAUGCUCAAAUCUCUGCCUCUCUGGUCCAUGUGUCUCUGCACUAUGACCCAUCAGUGGCUUGUUAACACCUUUGUAAUGUACACUCCAACCUACAUCAGUUCUGUAUUCAAAGUUAACAUCAGAGACAAUGGGUUCCUGUCUUCUCUUCCCUUUAUUGUUGCCUGGGUCCUUGGUAUCCUGGGAGGCCAGCUGGCAGAUUUUCUACUGAGCAAGAAUUUUAGGCUCAUAACUGUGAGAAAAUUCAUCACACUUUUAGGAAAUACUCCUCCGGCAGCCCUCAUUGCGGCUCUGCCCUAUAUCCAAUCCAGCUAUAUUACAACAAUUAUAUUUCUGACAAUUUCCUGUGGACUGUGCCCUCUAUGUCAGGCAGGAGUCUAUAUUAAUGCGUUAGACAUUGCUCCAAGGUAUGCCAGCAUUCUCAUGGGAACAUCAAGAGGAUUGGCACAUUCAUCGGCUGUGCUGGUACCCAUUGUUGCUGGCUUUUUCCUCAACCAGGACGCUGAAUUCGGGUGGAGGAAUUUCUUUUUUGUAGUGUUUGCAGUUCACCUACUUGGCUUAAUCAUCUACCUCGUGUUUGGGAAAGCAGAUGUUCAAGAAUGGGCUAGAGAGGGGAAGCUCACUCGUUUGUGAAGCUGUCCCACUUGCUGUAAAGAAGUCAUUACAUAUGCUGGCUCCUAUGUGGGAAGACUUUCAUGAAAAAUGAUGUCAGAUAUUUUCCCCCUUUCAUCCAGACUUCUUUUGAAGAAAAUAUGAGAGGAAUAAAGCAUCAAGUAAAAUGAUAAGAAGGGACCAGGUUGUCAUCUUUGAAUCAAGAAUUUGGUGUGGAUAUGGUAGUUUCAGUUUUUUAAAAGGCCAAAGUUUAUGGACCCUUGGUCCAGAGUGGUAAUCUUUACUAGAGAAAUUAUUUAUUUUCUAUUUGUCAGGUUGAAUAUUCAUUUCUCGUUAUGCCUGUGGUACUGGAAGAAGAGUAAGCCCUCUUUGACUGGCUUUCACUCCUACUCUGCAGUUUCUAUUUCCUGGGUUGGCACUGACACAUGUUCCACACAUGGUCCAUUCUUCUUCACUGUGCCCAGGCUACUGGAGGAUGAGUUGCGUGGCUUGCGCCCACACUCCCUUGUCUACUGGCUUCAGCCAGAUUUUUGAUGGGGAAAUGAAAAUGUAGUCUGAGGAACUUAGCACAGAGGGUCAGUGCAGUCCCUGGCCCUGAGAGGCAACCCCCUUCUGUGUUACUGGUAACUUCUUCCCUCUAUUUGUUAUUUUUGUCUUCGCUUGUGCCAUCUCUGUUAUUCUCUAGAACCUGUUGUGGUUUUCUUGACCUUUGCCUAUCCUGUGCAAAUUAUCUUUCCACUGUCCUGAAACUGCCUAGUGUGGCUGUCAUCUCUCUUCUGUGAGAUAUGCCUAAUUUGUGGUUAAAUCACUCAUAAGGAUCGAAAGUAAAACCGACUUAGUGUUUUUGUACAGUAAUGGUUUGUAGGUGUCUGUGGGUCACACCAAGUUCAGAGACCCAGGACAGCAUUAAGAACUGUUCCCCAUGCUGACCUUUACUGUCUAUGACAGAGAUUACUGCCCUCAAAUCAUAUCCUACAGAGGUGGUGUAAUACAUUCUGAGUACAGAUCAGGGCAAGAUUGGAGAGGCCAACCAUGAACAAACACAGAAAUGACUGUGAUCUCGGUAUGAGCUCUGAUCUGUCUGUUGGGACACUAGAGUAAGUUAAAUAUGGUUUCCUUCUACUGUGCAGAAUCAGGUGUAGUAGCAGAGGGACAGACAGGAGACACAGAUGAAGAUUUGCCAUCCCAUGCAAAAAACUCUGAGAGGGUCUCAUGUGUGAAGCAAUUCCAGGGGUACAUAUUAAAUGGGCAGCCCUACUUCUACAAAAGCAUAAAAUCAGGAAACAGGAUGCAUUCUAAAGGGAGUACCCUGACUGCAUAUUCAUAGAAAAGCACAAAGCACAAAAUUAGAGGAAGGUGUGUGGCUAAUGCAUGUAGUGUUCCUGUGUUAUGGGAGAGAGUUUGAGAACAUUAUAUAAGCAGUGAAGUAGGGCUCAUAGCAAUAGCUACAUGAUCGCUUCUCGGCCUUUUGGCUAAGAUCAAGUGUAGCAAUAGCUACAUGGACAGAUCUUUCUAGAUGGAGCAUUUUCCUAUAAUUUCAGAAUUAUGAUGACACGUCAAAUGAUCAUCUGUAUGCUGGUCUUUAAAACAGCAGUUUUAGGGACUGGAAUAAGGCAGGACACAUUGAAAUGAAGAGAAGAGGGGUGGGAAAUGCUUGUGUGGAAGAAUUUGAAGACCCUACCAUUUAACUGGAUGGAUGGUAGAGAAGACAGACAGAAGGUGAGAAUCCUAGGGCUGGAACCUGCUAGACAAGAUAGACUACAAAACAGAGACUGCAGAAAGAUGAUCUCUGAUCAAAGGAAAGAUAAUGAGCUGACUGAAGUGGGCUGAGUUCCUGGAAAGGUCAAGUAGCCAUAGGCUCAAAAGACUAGACUCCACCGUUUGUCCCACAUGCCUACCAAAGAGAUCACUGAGUGGUGGUAAAGGACAAUGAAAGAAGAUUAACUUGACAUGACCACAUUGGAAGCAGUGUCCCUAAGUCUGUCUUCAAGGUGCCAGUGGUCUGUUGGUCAUUGUGUCAGCUCUGGUCCUUGUCUCAAGUUCUAGAGAAGUUGACAUUGCUGUCACCACUUGAGAGGAGUAAUCUGAGUUCCAUGGAGUGAUGACACCUGUUCCAGGGUGCAGCCUCGCCACCUGAGGAACUGCUAAUUCCUCACUUGGGAGCAGGAGAUUUAUCCUGCAAACUGUAGUUUGGCUCUUUUAUCAUAAAGAUGUUCAUUACCAAUGCUUUAAUCCCAGAGUUCAACGCAACUGCAGAAGAGAAUGACUGUCAUAAUUAGGUUUCUACAGCUGUAAUAAAACACCAUGGCCAAAACAAUGUGGGGAGAAAAUAAUUUAUUUCACCUUACAACUCUCAGGCCACACGCCAUCACCAAGAGAAGUCAGUACAGGAACUUAAGACAGAAACCUCAAUGCAGAAACUGAAACAGAAGCCAUGGGGAAGUGCUGCUUACAGACUUGUUCUCUGUGGGUUGUUCAUGCUGCUUUCUUAUAUAACUCAGGGCCACCUACCUGUCCAAGGAUGGCACCACUACCAGUGGUCCAGGUCUUCCAACAUACAUCAUCAAUCAAUAAAAUAUUAAUCAAGACUUGUCUAUAGGCCUGAUGGAAGCUUUUUCACAUCUGUGGUUCUUCUUCCCAGAUACCUCUAGCUUGUGUCACCUUGAUAAAGUAAACCAACCAGGACAAUGACUAAGGAGAAAGCUGAUUGUUCUUGAGUAAUAACAAUAGCUAACAUUAUGGACACUCCAAGAGUGGCUUAGUAACAUGAUGAAGGCUCAACCAUGAGCAACAGGUUGGGGUUCAGUUCUGAGCAGUCUAACCCAAGAGACUGUGCUUGGAACUUCUGCCUCACACCACCCAUGAAGGUGUGUUCUACUUGGAUCAGGAACAUUUGCCAAAAGUCAACAAACUGUACCUGUCCUUUUAUUAAAUCUUUAUGACAAUCCCA